UUAACUCAAUUGAAAUGAGCAAUUCAAGCAGAUUUCUACAAGUCUCAGUUGCAAAUGUAUUAUGGAGGAAGCACCGCACGCCCAUGAGAACCUCUUCGCCAAAUCGAAGCGGCAUAGCCAUGAUGCAGACAGCCGUAGUAGUUACGGCAGUAGUAUCAGCAGUGAGGCAAGCUUUGAAGAGCAGGAUGCUGUAGUGCCCGCAGUAAGAGUAGAGACCAAUCCAGAUCCUAGCCCGGAUGCAGCUGCUCAGAUAUGCGCGCAGCCAAGAACUUUUCUUUUGGAGCCGCUGAUCUUAAUGCUGCUCUUCGCGUAUAAUUUCUCAUCUACUAUACUGAAAUCUCAGAUCAUUUAUCAGAGCUGCACGGCGGGCUUUGGUUACUCGGAGACGAUUUGCAGCCAGCUGGGCACACGGAAUGCCACGAAUGAAACGAAGCGCAUCGAAGCUGAGGUCCAGCCCUAUGCAGCUCGCGUUUUCCUAACCAUCAAGAUCGUCGAAUGCAUUGUGCCCGCUUUCAGUGGCUUAUUUAUUGGCGCCUUGGCGGAUCGCUAUGGACGCAAGCCGCUGCUGCUGGCCUCCUACCUGGGCUAUGCACUUCAGUACAUACUUUCCGCUGCUAUAGCUUAUAUGUCUAUGCAACGCCAUGGACUGGUUAGUCCUUGGUUCUAUGUGAUAAGCAUCAUUCCACUCUCGCUGCUGGGCAACAGCGUCACCUACUCCGUGGCGGCUGUUUGCUUUAUAGGCGAUGUAUCCACGGGCAAAAUGAGAUCUUAUAGAAUGAUCGCUUAUGAGCUGUGCAUCUAUGUGGGCCUGCUGCUGGGCAGCUUUGCCUCUGGCUACGCUUAUGAGGCCAGCAACGCCUACAUUAUCUUUGUUAUCUCAGCUGGUUCGAUAUUGUUUGCGCUCUUCCUCAUGGCUGCCCUGUUGCCCGAGAGUUUGCCACAGCGCCAGCUGUCCGAAGGCUUUGUCUUGCGUGACUUGUGGCAAAGCUGUGCGAGGGGGCGCGUCUUCCAGGAUCGCUCUAUACUCGUGCUGCUGAUGUGUGUGCUGCUGCUGACAGCCUUCGUGUCGGACGGCAGCAAUUCCGUGUUCUAUAUGUUCAUGCGCGCCAAGUUCCAUUGGAGCGUAAGGGACUUCACCAGCUACGAGUCGGUGAGCAUUUUGGUGCCCGCUGUGGCCGGUUCGGGAGGCAUUCUAUUUCUAUGGUCGCUACGCCAGUGCACUGGGUCGGCUGUUUUGUGGCUGGCGCUCAUCUCGCUGCUGAGUCACGCGGCGAGCAGUCUGAUGAAAGCUUUUGCCUUUGUUGACUGGCAAAUCUAUUUGGCCAUUGGCUUGGGUCUCUUCAAGUCUCUGGUGAAUCCCAUGUGCCGCACAAUGAUUACGAAUCUCUUGCCAGACGAUGAGCGAGGCAAAGUCUUUGCGCUGCUCAGCGUGCUGCAGACGCUUUCUCCGUUCGCCUCGUCUACGAUAUAUAUCGUAUUUUACACGCUCACAUUGAGCACGGCGCCGGGCUUAUUCAAUCUGAUCAGCGCCAAUCUGUUUGGUCUGGCGAUAAUCUUGCUGCUCGUCGUCUGGCGAAAGAAAUCCAAACAUGUCGCUCACUACGAGCCGAUUUUCAAAUGAUAUUUUAAAAACUAAUUAAAUUAAAUGUGCCCGUCAUUCGACGAAUUUGCACAUCAAUUAUACAAAUUGGCCGGUUUGGAAGAUAUAUUAUAAAUGUAUGUAUAUAAAAAAAUAUAAAA